CAGGGCCGAUACAGAAGCGAACCAACAUGCAUCGCACCAGGUCUAGCUCCAGACGACAAACCCUGGGCGGCGGUGGCCUCGGGAACGGCAACCACAGCAAUCGAAGACAAUCCGUCGAUCCGGGAAGCCACGCCCAUGGCUCCGCCAAGCGACCCCCCCGGGGACGGGUUUCCAUGAUACCGCGGGUCGGGCGCGAGAACAUGAUCCCGCCCACUCCUUCUUCCGCGAGGCAGGAUCCGAAGCGAAGGGUCUCUUCCGCGAUGAAGUCGGGACGCCGCAAAAGCAGCGCGGUGGAUCGCCGGCAAUCGCUGAUGCCCCCGAGUGCACCGGCCAUCACCGAUCCCCGCCCGAUUUCGAACAAAGCCUACCAGCAGGAAUGCAUCAAGGAGCUCUUUUCCUACCUGCAAAAGAGUGGGUACGAACACCCUAUCUCGCACAAAAGCCUUUCCCGUCCGUCGGGCAAGGAUUUCAGCAACAUCGUCACGUUCAUGCUGCGCCGGGUGGAUCCCAGUUUUCAGGACGGGACCCUGAAAAUGGAGGACGAGAUUGCGAUGAAUUUCAAGGCGAUGGGAUAUCCCUUUGCCGUGAGCAAGACGGCCCUGGUUGCAGCCGGAUCGCCCCACACAUGGCCGACUCUUUUGGCCGCUCUUACCUGGCUCGUCAAACGCCUCCAGUGCAUGGAGAACCUGAUCCCCGAGGAAGACAACAACCACAGCGGACAGUUCGAGUCGGUGGAGGAGCUGGAACGCAAGACGGACCAGUAUUUUUUCUCGUAUCUGAGUGCGUCGUACGUAGCAUUUCUGAAGGGAGACGAAAAGCUCCGCGAGGACCUCGAGAUGAGGUUGGCGGAUCGCCUGGAAGGCGACGACAACAUCUUGAUGCAGGAGAUCGAGCAAAUGACGGACCACAACGCCGCCGUUGUCGAAAAGAUGAACAACCUGAGUCUCGGCGAAAAGGAGUAAGUUUUCCACGUUUUAACGAGAGCAGCAUCUGACUAUACAUCCCAUCGUUCUCGUCCAACAACUGACACGUGCAACAUUCCGUUCCUGCUCGUUUUCCUCCUCAGCCUCGAAGACAUGUUGAAAAAACGUGAUAGCUAUGCGACAGAUCUUGAGCAAUUUCAUGAUCUUAUUAAUCAAAUGGAUCAACACGUUACGAAACUAAAGCAAAGAAAGAACGACCAAUCAAGCGAAUUGGAAGAAACGAGCAAGAAACUUACGGCAAUUGUAUCAAAGGUAGAAAAAUUAAAAGAAUGCGUCAACAACCAAGAGCUGUCGUUGGCAGAUGUUCAGAAAAUGAGAAACGAGCAGAAGGGUGUCGAAGAAGCGAUCGAACGUGCAUUUGCAUUGAGAGAUCAACGUCGCAGUGAACUAUGGGAAAUCGAAUCGGAAGUCGAAAACUUGUGGAGCGAAGUGGAAUCUUUGGUAUCCGAUUAUAGCUCUCAUGCGGGGGAUCUCAAAAUAUUACCGAUGAUAGCAUCGAAGGCUGUCGACAUGACGGCAACCAUCGACAAAGAAGCCGUGUUGGAAUCUGAUCCAUCCAAGCUGCUUGCUGUCGAUCUACCAGGAACCGUACAGCAUGUUUUGACACCUUGUUACGAAGAGUAUUCGAAAUUGAUAUCUGAUUCGAAGUGGAAAUAUCAAGAAGCCCUCGACAAAUUAGAAAAGAGCGAAGAGGCCUUUACCGAAGCCUUGGAGCGGCACAGGAUCAUCGAACACAAAAUCGAUAAGUGCGAGGAGACAAUGGAAGCCGAACGAGAGGCCCAAGACGCAAAGCUCGGUGUCAGAUUGAGGGAGGCAGAAUCUAUCGAGACCAAGGUAGCAUCUCUUCGCGACCCUGUUGCGCUGGAAGAACAGAUGGCAAAAUUCGAGCAGCAGUGCACCGAACUCGAGGCUUUGCGGCAGCAGUAUGAAGAAGAAAACGUGGCUAGAAAGGCUGCGGUGUGCGAAGAAAUCGAACGAGCAAUACUGGCAAUGGAAGAGUACGAUAGGUUUUGCCUCGACAAAAUUUCGGAGGUUCGGGAUUACAAAGAGAACAGCCGUUCCAAGUACGGCAAACUGAAAAUUCCCGAGAUAUUGCAGAACUCCAAAACGCAGGCAGACUGAAAAUGUUGCGUGACGGAACAAAAUUGUCGGGUUUUGGUUUGAGAAAGAAAAUGUGAAAGUUUCAUUCAAGUAACAUACAUUAAAUUGCAUGGAUAUUGUACCCGAAUUCAAUGUCAAUGUCAUGCAUCAGGGGAACGUUGUUCAUUAUUUAUAUUUCUAGAUGAUGAAGGAAAAAAUAAUCACUUUUUUAUUUGUUUAUUUGUUCGCAGUGUUCUGCAAGCUGUCGGUGCUUGGGUCGAUUGAUUGCAAACUAAGCCUGCUAUCCAGUUUGUAGAUAAGGUGUAGUUUGUUAUGGAUGUCGCAUAGCGUGUGGAGUGUUGCACGAAAACGACCUUUCCGUUCAUCCAAGCGUUGUGAUGUCUUUCUUCCUGCCGUCUGUGGACAGGCGGAACUCCCGUGGAUUCCUGUCCCUCACUCCGCCCGGAGCAGCCCGCGCUCCCGUUGGAGUUGCCGCCGCCGCCGUUCGAUGAGAGCAGCGUUGUGGUCCUGUGUCGCCCGCGGCAGGUCGCCCACGCUCCAGAAAUCGAUCAGCACAAAAUUAAUGUCUGUCUCCAAAAGCGCGGAGCACGUGUUGACAUAGUCCAAGACCUCUGAGUAUUCGUUGGCCUUCGCCGCGGUGCUUUGGGAGGGCGGAGAGACAAAGUUGUUCAGUCCGACAAAAUCCCUUUUGUUGAACCCGUUUAGUCCCAAUUCGCACGAAUUCACCCUGUCCCUGAUGCUUUCCAUGCCAGAGUGCUCCCAGUCGUUAUCCGAUCCGUACUCGUAGUAUAGGUGCAAUCCAUCGGGACAUGCCAAGGGAUCGAUGCUGCAAUUGGGGCCCCCGUAGUGAAACAUCACAAUGCGCUUAGGUGACAAGCAAUUCGACAGAAAGCAAUGCAGUGGAUCGAGGUGAGUGAUUCGAUAUCGGAAAAGGCUAAUCAUAGUUUAGCAUCAUAAUUCAAAGAACCUCGCGGAAUGUAAUUUACCUUAUUGAAUUCUGGAUCGGUGAUUUCUCCCAAAGUAGGCCAGGGAGCUUCGAUAUCUGGGUGAACAUAAAGUUUGUCAACCAAUCCAUCCACUAACAGCAAUUGGUCGUAGAAUUUAUUCAGAUCAACUUCUUGAUCAACAUCAUCGUUGACCUGGUAAAUGAAGAUGAUAACUUCCGUUGGGUUCUCGUCAAGAAAUGUAUUGACACUUUGCAUCACAUCAACGAUUUCCCUCGGGCCUAGCGCACAAAUUCCUGAAAAAAUAAUACCAAUUAGUCAUCGAUUAAUCCCACCUUGCUGCUGAAAAAUUCCUUACAAGAAGCACGAAAAUAAGCGAUGCGACACUCACCGUGACAAAACUGGAGCUCUCCUCCACAGUUGCAAAUGUCGAGAUUCAGCCCGCGGUACCCGGCCUCAAGGGCUCCCUCGAGCUGGAAUUUGUGGUUGGGUCCGAACAAAAAACCGUUCUCAAAGGUUGCCAUGGCGUUGUGCAGCGUGGCGUACAUCACCUCGUUGACGCGCAGGUCGCAGAGGCCCUCGAGCCCGUUGCAGCAGUUGGACGGUGUGGUGGUGCCAUCGGAGUUGCACUGGAUGAAAUCAUAGUCGGGCGGCGCUGCCGUGGGAGAUGCCGUUGCCCCGCUGACGGGAGUUAGCGUUUGCGGGAUAUAAUCAUCGUUUGGUGGGGGUAUCUUCCCAUCGCUUCCACCAGGGAUCGGAAUACUGUCGAGAACAUCGUUGAUCGUGUCCUCCCAGGGACCAAACUUCCACAGACAAACGCCCCCGGCGAUGAGUACCACCACGAGGACCAGUAUUCUGGGCCAAGUACAGCACGGCUUUUUUUCUUCUCUCUGGCUCCGUCCCAUUGCAACUUUCUUCGUAGAUUUUACUGUAAGAACGAACAGUUUGCAAUAUGAUGUAGUAUAUUAUCCUUUGGUACCGGGGUGUUGGUAUCGAUCGGAUGGAAUAAUAAAUAGUAGUAAUAAUA